AUGGCCACCACACCGCCGCUUAAAAACCCCAGGCUACCGGAGAAUGAACCGACGUAUACAGAGCCACCAGAGCUACCUGAAGACAUUAUUUUUACGAAGAUAUUACCGCGGUUGCCUGCAAAAUCUGUUGGACGGUUUCGCUCAGUUUGUAAGGCAUGGAGAUCUCUAUUGUCUAAGACCAGUUUCACCAAAGACCAUCUCAACUGCACCACUCAGAACCCGAAUGACGAUAAUCUCAUCAUCAACAAAUUCAUCACAGAGUCGAACCGAAAAUACCACGAGAUAGAUGUGCUGUCAUUGUCAGAUUUAUCAGAAACUAAGUUAUUCGAUCUGUACGAAUAUGCACGUCAAUAUCCGCUAUUUAGAUUAAUCGGUUCGAUUCAUGGAAUUGUUUGUUUAUAUCUUAAAGUGGGAAUUCGAAAUCAGUUUGUUUUAUGGAAUCCAGUGAUUAAACAGGCUAAAGCAAUUGCAUCACCUGAACAUUCUAUUGGCCUUUGGGGAUUCUGUUGGGAUGAAGUGAAAGCUGAUUUUAAAGCUGAUGCCAGGAGUGGGCAGCCUGUUAUUCGGUUUUCUGAACAUUAUGAUGAGGAGCCUCACCCUGGGGUUCCGGCUGCAAUUGUGAAUGGAGUGCCGUACUGGCAGUAUUCUCAGCGUUUGAGGCGGAGAAGCCUGUAA